AGCGUACGACGGAGAUUGCUGUGUGAUAAGGGAGGGCGUGCUGUGAUGACGUUCUACAAGUUCACGACACUUAUAAAUUUGUAACAGCUGUCAAUAAAAACAUUGUCUUGCAUCCGACUGAUCCCCAUACCUUAAUCAUUAAAUAAUUUAUUUUAUAGCAAGCCAUUUUUAAAAACGAACAUCAAUUGAUGUACAGUAUCUAUUUUCUUGUGAGUUCUUGCUUAGCCACGCUCUGCUUUACUAGCAGCAUCCCUUUGGCGCCAUUAAGCGGUCGCUGUAUUUCUUCAUAACGGUUUUCUCUUGAGCGAGAAGGACGGGACCGCUGCUCUAUGACUGGAUCUUCUGUCAACAGAUUUUCAGAGCCUACAAUGAGCAGCACAAAAAGAUGAGGAUAAAAUUGCAGAAAUCUGUUUACAUCUUCCUUUUAAUUGUUGAGAAAGGAACACUCUAAAUUAAAAAUUCUCUCAUGGGACACCCGUUUUCAAGCAACCCCAUGCAUAGUGCAAAGAUUGGCCAUCUUGUGGGAACACUGUGAUGAACAAAGACAGCCCAUUGAACCCUGUAUACUGGACCUGACUGUGACUGGAGGUAACAGUACGAUUACAGAAUGUUUAUUGGUGCCAGAAGAUUUAGAAUAUGCAAGUUUUUGCAGCUGAUGACUACGUGCUUCAUACUCUCCCUUGUUAUGAUAUAUUGGGAACAACUUGACAACCAUGUUGUAGGUCACAUGAAGUCUUACUCCUAUCGUUACCUUUUGAACAGUUAUAAUUUCCUAAACGAUAGCCUUUCCAUAAGCAGGAAGGAAGCUAGUAGCUUUCCCAACUACCAGUACUUGAUCAACCACAAGGAUAAAUGUGAAAAGCAAAAUGUGCUCCUUGUGCUGUUUGUGAAGACAUCUCCAGAGAACCUAGAGAGACGCCAAGCUAUCCGCUCCACCUGGGGCAACGAGAAGUACAUCCACUCCGAGCUGAAGGCCAACGUGAAGGUUGUCUUUGCAUUAGGGGUUCACAAACAUCCAUUGGAGAGAAAAGUCUUCCAAAGGCAUCUUGAAAGAGAAGACCGGCAGUACGGUGACCUUAUACAACAAGACUUUACUGAUGCUUUCCACAACCUCACCCUAAAGUUGAUCCUGCAGUUCAAGUGGGCUCACAUGUACUGCAGACAUGCCAAGUUUGUCAUGUCAGCGGACGAUGACAUCUUCAUCCAUGUGCCCAACCUGGUAAAGUAUCUCCAAGACUUGGAUCAAAGAGGCGUCCGGGAUCUCUGGAUUGGACGUGUCCAUAGAGGAGCCCCUCCAGUCAGGAUCAAAGAAAGCAAGUAUUAUGUUCCCCACGAAAUGUACCAGUGGUGGUCUUACCCAGACUACACUGCAGGUGCUGCAUAUGUGGUUUCAGGGGAUGUAGCUGACAAAAUCUACAGGGCAUCCAUGACUCUCAACACCACAAUCUACAUAGAUGAUGUUUUCAUGGGAAUCUGUGCUAAUAAAGUGGGGGUGAUUCCUCAAUACCACGUGUACUUCUCUGGAGAAGGCAAGGCCCCCUAUCACCCCUGUAUCUAUAACAAGAUGAUGACUUCUCAUGGACACUUGGAAGACAUUCAUUACCUUUGGAGAGAGGCCACAAGUCCAAAGGUUAGGACCUUGUCCUCUGGCAUACUGGGAAAGCUAUACUGUACUGCUGUAAAUGCUUUUCUUCUUUGUAAACCAUAUUAUGUGGACACUUAUCCCUGCAGUGCAGCGUUUUCUUAAUACCGAUGAUUGUAAAAAGCAUUGUGUGAAGUUGUUUGUAAAGAUGCAGUAUUUUUUCCCCCACAGAUUGUUAUUUUCGACAAUGUUACAAGAAGUUAUAUUGUUUAAAUUAACAUUACUAGAGCACUAGAGUCAUAAUUAUCUUCCCUAAAUAUUUUGUUUGCAUUUUUUAUAUAGAUAAACUGCAAUGGAAUUGAUAAAAACAAUUUAAAAAAAGAAUUAUAUAAAAAAAAAAAAACUGCAUCUUCAGUUUAAGUAGCUGAUGGAAAGUUGCACUGUAAUGCUGCUAACCAACUUUCUCUGUGUGAAAAUACAAACUAUAAUUGUGAACAAGGUAAAUGGUAGAAAGGGUUUUGGUCGUGGUAAUGAACAAUUAUCACACCACAGCCGGAUGGACAGAUAACUUAAAGCUUAUACUGCACAAUGCAUUGCUUGUUUGACAAAACAGUACAGUUCCAUAGGAAUUGUUUUUAUUGAGUGACCUCAUUGGGCCUGCAAUUAAAACAUCUCUUCUCAAGAUCAUGAAUACACUACAUUUCAGUUGACUUAACCUUGUUUCUCCCUUUACCUUGUUCUCCACCAGCACAGCACAGCACAGUACAGUAUAUGUAAUUCAGUUUUACAGCAACCCUAAUGUGACUUAAAAGAUUGUGAUUUCCAUAGACCUUUUAGUAGGAUUACCCAUAAGGUUAAGCUGUGAAUUCUGAAGCUUGCCGCUUUCCAGUGCUUUUAGAAGAGGUGUGUUAAAAAAAAGUUUUAUAUUGAACGCAGUUUAGUAACAUUAUAAAUAAAUUUACUUGAACAAUUUAUAUUGUUUAGUAAGGCCACUUAGAAAUGUAUACAAUUAGAGCUUGGUUUUAUUUUGUAUGUAUUUGUUUUACUGUAACCACUUGUAACAGGUAAUGUUUAUUAUCAUAGUAGAAAUGUUGUGGCUCGGUCAUAAACUGAUAAAUAUGCCAAACCUGCUAUAUACAGUACAGGUAUGUUUAGCCAGCGAGCAACUAUGAACUGGUACACUUGUGUGCAGGGAGGGGCAUACCGUCAGCAUUACACAGUGGAGUUCAUUCACCUUGAUUCCAAUAGUAAAUACCUGAUGGAUGGAUUAAAUGUCACCUUUCAGUGAGUGGUGAAGAUAGGAAUGCCAGAAAUAAACUUCAUCCCAGCAUCUUUUUAUUAGUUUCCCAAUUAAAAAAAGUUAAUACAUGUUGAUAGUUAGAUAAGAAAAAGCAAGUCUGCAACCAGAUUUAUUUUUAUUUUAUUUUUUUUUUUGGGGGGGGGGUUGUUGUGUUAUAUAGGGCAAUUAUAUCAUAUAAAAAGGUAGGUAAGAAAUAAAAAUGUUUGUACAGUGUUUGAUACUUUAAGUGGUUUCUAUACACCUGAAGUAGUUUUACAAAUAUUGCUCUUGUUUCUGUGGAUUGUAAGAUGUGUUCUAGUAAAUGUUUAUCUUAAAUGUCAGUUACAUUAGACUAUGGAUGUACCUGAACUGGUCCUUUCUCUUUUGAAUGGAUAAUAUGAAGGUGUCAUUCAGAAGGGUAGCUUGUAUUAUGUAUGAAUAUUUUAUUCCAUGGCUAGUUAGGAACCAAUACCUAUGUUAUAUUUAUUGUAAACUCUUGCCAUGGAUUAAAGAUUAUUACCAAGCUUCAGAUGUUUUCAAGUGGGUCCAUUUUGUUCUGAAUUAAUGUUUGUAUGUUUGGAAACAGUUAAGUAAAGAAAUAAAUUUUUCCCAUCCUA